CUACCUUCGCCGCACGCUGUCGUCAUCAGGCGUCGACGCGCCGUGACGCUAUCGAGCCCCGACGCCUGGGGGCGGGCAAGGAAGCGCGGCAGGCUCCUCAGCCGGGUUGGAGCUGAGCGGAGAGGGCGGGGAGAGGCAGCGAAUUGAGGUGGAGCGGGGAGGGGCGGGAAGGUGGCGGCCGGAACAUGGCGGACCAGAUCCCUCUGUACCCGGUGCGCAGCGCGGCGGCUGCGGCCAGCCGCAAACGCGCGGCUUACUACAGCGCGGCGGGGCUUGGGCCGGGGGCCGAUUGGCCCAGCAGGUAUCAGCUGGAAGAUGAGUCUGCCCAUUUGGAUGAAAUGCCACUAAUGAUGUCUGAAGAAGGCUUCGAGAAUGACGAAAGUGAUUACCACACGUUACCACGAGCUAGGAUCACACAAAGAAAAAGAGGACUAGGGUGGUUUGUCUGUGGAGGAUGGAAGUUCCUCUGCACCAGUUGCUGUGAUUGGCUGAUAAAUAUUUGUCAAAGAAAGAGAGAACUGAAAGCUCGCACAGUGUGGCUUGGAUAUCCUGAAAAGUGUGAAGAAAAGCAUCCCAGAAAUUCUAUAAAAAAUCAAAAAUACAAUGUAUUUACCUUUAUACCUGGGGUUUUAUAUGAACAAUUCAAGUUUUUCUUGAAUCUGUAUUUCCUGGUAGUCUCCUGCUCACAGUUUGUACCGGCAUUGAAAAUAGGCUAUCUCUACACCUACUGGGCUCCUCUGGGAUUUGUUUUGGCUGUUACUAUCAUGAGGGAAGCAAUUGAUGAAUUUCGGCGUUUUCAGCGAGACAAGGAAGUGAAUUCACAGCUAUACAGCAAGCUCACAGUAAGAGGUAAAGUGCAAGUUAAGAGUUCAGACAUACAAGUUGGAGACCUCAUCAUAGUGGAAAAGAAUCAAAGAAUUCCAUCGGACAUGGUAUUUCUUAGGACAUCAGAAAAAGCAGGUUCGUGUUUUAUUCGAACUGAUCAGCUUGAUGGUGAAACCGAUUGGAAGCUGAAGGUGGCGGUGAGCUGCACGCAGAGGCUGCCGGCCUUGGGGGACCUUUUCUCAAUCAGUGCUUAUGUUUAUGCUCAGAAGCCACAACUGGAUAUUCAUAGUUUUGAAGGCACAUUUACCAGGGAAGACUGUGACCCACCCGUUCAUGAGAGUCUCAGCAUAGAAAAUACGCUGUGGGCAAGCACCAUUGUCGCAUCAGGUACUGUAAUAGGUGUUGUCAUUUAUACUGGAAAAGAGACUCGAAGUGUAAUGAACACAUCCAAUCCAAAAAAUAAGGUUGGUCUGUUGGACCUUGAACUCAAUCACCUGACCAAAGCACUGUUUGUGGCGUUAGUUGCGCUCUCGGUUGUUAUGGUAACCUUACAAGGAUUUGUAGGCCCGUGGUAUCGCAACCUGUUUCGGUUCCUCCUUCUCUUCUCCUACAUCAUUCCCAUCAGUUUGCGUGUGAACUUGGACAUGGGCAAAGCCGCGUACGGAUGGAUGAUCAUGAAGGACGAGAGCAUUCCUGGCACGGUUGUGCGGACCAGCACCAUCCCAGAGGAGCUGGGGCGCCUGGUUUACUUGCUGACAGACAAAACAGGAACCCUCACCCAGAACGAGAUGGUGUUUAAGCGGCUGCACCUGGGGACCGUGUCUUAUGGAGCAGACACUAUGGACGAGAUCCAGAGCCACCUCAGGAAUCCAUACUCACAGAUGCAGUCUCAAGCUAGUGGAAACACUACCGGUUCAACGCCACCAAGAAAAGCCCAAUCUUCAGCUCCCAAAGUGAGAAAAAGUGUUAGCAGUCGAGUCCACGAAGCUGUGAAGGCCAUUGCACUGUGCCACAACGUGACCCCCGUGUACGAGCCUCGAGCCGGCGUGACCGGGGAGGCCGAGUACGCGGAGGCAGACCAGGACUUCAGCGAUGGGAACCGCACCUACCAGGCUGCCAGCCCUGACGAGGUGGCCCUGGUGCAGUGGACAGAGAGCGUCGGCCUCACCCUGGUCAGCAGAGACCUUGCCUCCGUGCAGCUGAGGACCCCCGGCGGCCAGAUCCUGACCUACUGCAUCCUGCAGAUGUUCCCCUUCACCUCAGAGAGCAAGCGUAUGGGGGUCAUCGUCCGGGACGAGUCCACUGCGGAAAUCACCUUCUACAUGAAGGGGGCUGACGUGGCCAUGUCCUCCAUCGUGCAGUACAAUGACUGGCUGGAGGAGGAGUGUGGAAACAUGGCCCGGGAAGGUCUGCGCACCCUUGUGGUCGCCAAGAGGGCGCUGACAGAAGAGCAGUAUCAGGACUUCGAGAGCCGCUACAGUCAGGCCAAGCUGAGCAUCCACGACAGGGCGCUCAAGGUGGCCGCGGUGGUGGAGAGCCUGGAGCGGGAGAUGGAGCUGCUGUGCCUCACGGGUGUGGAGGACCAGCUGCAGGCGGACGUGAGGCCCACCCUGGAGAUGCUGCGGAAUGCGGGCAUCAAGAUUUGGAUGCUAACGGGCGACAAACUCGAGACUGCAACUUGCAUUGCCAAAAGCUCACAUUUGGUGUCUAGAACACAAGACAUUCACAUUUUCAGACCGGUCACCAAUCGGGGAGAGGCCCAUUUGGAGCUUAACGCCUUUCGAAGGAAGCACGAUUGUGCGCUGGUCAUAUCUGGGGACUCCCUGGAGGUCUGCCUCAAGUACUACGAGCACGAGCUCGUGGAGCUGGCCUGCCAGUGCCCGGCCGUGGUGUGCUGCCGCUGCUCGCCCACCCAGAAAGCCCACAUCGUGAAGCUGCUGCAGCAGCACGCCGGGAGACGCACGUGCGCCAUCGCAGGUGGAUUUCGUCCAUGUGACCAGCCUCUCCUGCUGGAAGAGAGACCAGGAUGGGGUAUUGAUGUUUGUGUCCUUUCCAUUUCCAUGCUCCCAGGGGACGGAGGAAAUGACGUGAGCAUGAUCCAGGCGGCAGACUGCGGCAUUGGGAUCGAAGGGAAGGAAGUGCAGGCAGGAUGCAGAGCCACCAGUGCCAAACGCCCCACGUCCCCGCGUCCUCGCUGCUCUUCAGGAGGCCUGGGACCAGUGCCCCGCCGUGCCCUCCCCGCCAGGCUCAGCUCAGGAGGGCAGACAGGCCUCCCUGGCCGCGGACUUCUCCAUCACGCAGUUCAGGCACAUCGGCCGGCUGCUUAUGGUGCACGGGCGGAGCAGCUACAAGAGGUCGGCGGCGCUCGGCCAGUUCGUCAUGCACAGAGGCCUCAUCAUCUCCACCAUGCAGGCCGUGUUCUCUUCCGUCUUCUACUUUGCGUCCGUGCCUCUGUACCAGGGAUUCCUCAUGGUGGGGUAUGCAACUCUGUACACCAUGUUCCCCGUGUUCUCGCUGGUGCUGGACCAGGACGUGAAGCCGGAGAUGGCCAUGCUGUACCCGGAGCUCUACAAGGACCUCACCAAGGUGCUCUGAACCACUUGUGGAACCGUGGUGACUGGGCUCACCCUGUGGCUGACGCGCGCGGUGCCUGUUUCUGUGUGAAGGACACUUGCUGGCUGCGGGGUCCCCUGUGGCAGGACGGACUUCUGUCCACCUGCGGCGGUAUCCCGACGCUUUGAACUCAGAGACUGACUGGGAGUCCCUGUGCCUGCCCAAGUCUUCCUCCACUGUGCUUUCAGAAUCACGUCUGAGAAGUGAUGGGCAGUUGGGGCGCCUGGGUGGCACAGCGGUUGAGCGUCUGCCUUCGGCUUAGGGCGUGAUCCCGGCGUUAUGGGAUCGAGCCCCACGUCAGGCUCCUCUGCUAUGAGCCUGCUUCUUCCUCUCCCACUCCCCCUGCUUGUGUUCCCUCUCUCGCUGGCUGUCUCUAUCUCUGUCGAAUAAAUAAUAAAAUCUUUAAAAAAAAAAAAAAAGAAGUGAUGGGCAGAGUGUCACCACGACCCAGGGCUGAGGUCGCAAGGAUGCUGCUGGGGGAAAGUCUGCCCCCUGAAAAUGCAGAAGAUUCAUUUAUCUGACCCAAAACUAUGUUCAGAUGGAGGCAUUCCUAGAGGAAGCUUCAAGUUUGUCAUAUUUCUUUACGAGACCAUAUUUCUCUAGUGUGGAAAACAAGCUCCACGGGCUGGGAUGCCCCUAGCUCUCCAAGCAGAAGUUGUGGUGACUUUGGAAUUUUCCCGAAGCAACACUGAGAACAAAAUCCACUAACCUCCAAGCAAGUCCAGGUUUACAAUUGAUAACCUGAAAUUACCGACUCAGAUCUUUAAUCUCUAGCAGAAUGGAGAAAGAAUCAGUUGGCGUUAAGCAUAGACUUAGCGAACCGCUGACCACUCAGAGAGGAGCUGGCCAGGCCACGUUGAUCUUCGGGCUUCAUGGUGUUGUUAUACGGGCUGGAUGAAACGGAGACUUAAAGUUCCUUGAAAAAAAUACAAAGUGCUUAUGUUACUUUUACAAUCAGGACAAAAAUAAAGCUAGUUUACCGGUAUAGUGUAAAAUAAAAUGUCAAUCAUUAUAUGCGAUAACAUCAUAUUUAAUUUGAUAAUAAAAUGCAAGCAUUAGUAUCCUGAUGAUAAUAUUAUUAUGAAUAUUACAAAUAAAAAGUUUUUGGCUUAAUAUUCUAAAAUGGGGAGACUAUUAUCAUUCAGUAAAGCAGAACAGGAUCAAAGAUCUAAAAACUACAGGAAACUUUUGUGAGGAAUUAUAAUUUUAGUAGAUUAUGCAUUUCCUUAUUUCCAUAAACUCCAGAAAUGUUUACGUAAAUGCUGCCUCACAGACAUAAGGGGAAAACAAGCUCCUCAUAUAUGAACAAAACUAGAGGAGCUCCCUAAAAUCAUAGGUGGUCAGUGUCUCACCCGCUCACGGUCACUGCGGGUCAACAUGGGCAACGUCGCCAGACAGUCAAGAUCGGAGCAGUUCGUGUUAGUGAGAUGCAGGGUGAUUGCCAUCUCCACCCCGUCAGAGGGCAGACAGUCACUGUUGUCAGGAUUCCGAUUGCGGGCACCUCGGUUCCUCUGGGAACAAGAAUAUGUCUGCGGGGUCAGGUAGCCGCGAAUCUUCAAACGCCCCCAUUAGCUGACACAGUAAACACGAGGGCAUGUCAGGAAACUGUGUUCAGUUCCGAGCUGGAUCUCGUCUUUGUGAAGGUGCCCCCUUUAGAGUGUCUUGAGUAUCGUUGAGAGUAGGACGUCAUUCCUGCAUUAUUGUGACAGGAGUGCAGUCACUUACGGUCUUUAGACUCCUUUCCUUCAAGAUCCAAAAUAUAUUCCUUUUGUGUUUUUAGUGUAUAUAUUUCUUUUAAAAUCUGAUGCACGUCAAACCCUUUGAAAACAAAGUAGCACUAAAUUAUUCAGCCACCUAACUUGAUAAACCUUGAGUUAUAUUUUCUUACUGAAGCCAGAGAGAGAUUUUGAAGCUUUGCGUUCCUUCUGAAUGCUUGGUGGAUGCUCGGGAGGCCGUGAGCCGUCCGCCUGGCCUGUCCACGUGGCAGGCGCUAGGUCUGGCUGCUGGAGGCGUGGGCGAGACGUCACUCCUGGCUCAGGAGGCCCACGCUCAGUCCGGAAAGGAAACGUAAAGCCAGGGUAAAUUACGUGAUAGUCAAACAGCAGCAGAAAACAGGCCCGCAGGCGGGGACGCGGGUGCUCGUCCGCUGGAUGAUGCGUCGUCCAGCCUAUUCUGAGCAGAAGGCCAGGGUCACAGUAAAUUCCUAAAAUACUUUCAAAGAUAAUCAGGGGAAGCAGAGUAUGUAUCCCUUGCAAAACAGAGAGGAAAGUACCAUGCUUUGAAGGAAAACACCAUUUCUCAUAGUUAUUUGGUGGCCUGUCUUUUUAUUCUGAGAGUGCGAGUCAGAACCCAGGCAUUACAGAUCUGACUUAGGUGCUCUAACAGGAGGAGCCGAUCCGGAAUACAGACGUUUGCUCACGGCUCUCUCUGGAGCCUGAGCCUGGCCUGCAGUCCGUUCAGUAGUGUGUCAGCGACAGGUGAUGGAGUCCAGCAAGGAAGCAGCAUUCCCCUUCCCUCCCCUUCCUAAAGCCAUAUCGUUUUCAUUCCUUGCAGAAAAUGAUGUGUCUGUAACAGUUUUCUCUUUUAAAGUCAAAUUCUGCUUCGAAUGUUCACACGUCACUCGUGAUGCAGCUGCUUGCAAUUUCCUGGUGCUGCCAGGAACCCUGUGUGCCCACCCCCUCCCAACUCCGCAGGUGACUGUUUACCCCAGACGGUCUGUGGCCCCUCAAGAAAGGCCACGUGAGCCUGAGAUCCAGGCCACAUGUUCCUUAGAUACCUCAGACUUGCAGCUGUGGGUUACAUGACCAACGCGUCAUUUCAUAUCGUGACAAAUAACCUAGGAACUGCGGAGGGUUUGGGCGGCACCUGAACUAGCUGUCAAGAUAAUCGAGUAGGUAACGUCCUACAGUCGUUCCUCAAAAUCCUUGACACUGUCAGACACACAGCUCUUAGGGUUACUUCACUAUUUUUUUUAUUUCCUGUUGAAUAUUCUCGAAAUGGUUUUAGUUUUGGAAUAUACAUUUGUAUUCUUAAUGUAAUUUUAGAAAUAAUAGUGAUAAGAAAAAGAAACAAAAGACAAAUUAGGGGAGGACCUGUUUGCAGAUGACAUAGUCAUCUAGGUGGAAAAGCCAAAAGGAUCCACAAAAUCUUUCUAGUAAGUUCAGCACGGUUGUGGGAUUCAAGGAAUAAGCCUGUAUAGUAGCAAUGAACAACUGAGGCCUGAAAAGUGUGUUUGAACGGUGUUCGUACUAACUUAAAAAACCAAAGUUGGUAUAACUAACAAACUGUGUGCAGGACUUGUGUGCAGCGGGACGCUGUCGAGAGGGAUUUUGAAAGGUGCAAAAGAAUGUGACUGAAGACACCAUGCGUACGAAAGCUGACAAGCUGAUUCCAGAAUUUACAUGGAAACGCAGGAGAACUGGAAUUACCAAGACCAUUUGUAAAAAGAGGAACAAGUUCGGAAGACUUCGCUCUACCCAAUUUCAAGACAUUCUCUACAGUAGUGACCAAGACAACAGAUUCUUGGCAGAAGACAGACACCUGGACCAGUGGGGUCAACAGAGAGCCCAGGGGAAGAGACACAGGUGUCACAGCUGAUGUUUGACAAGCAUGAAGGGAAACCUGAAGGAGAGGGACCGUCUUGUCAGCAGAUGUCGUCAGAGCCGCCUGCAAAAACAGAGCCUCCACCCACCCCUCACAGUUUUGGGGAAACGCACUCAAAAGGAGCCACAGACCUAAAUGUAAAAUGUAGAACUAUUCGCCUGCUGGAGUAAAAUGCAGGAGAACAUGUGCAUGACCUUGGGGUAAGCCUAGUUUUAGAUACGGGGUCAGACAUGUGAUUCAGGAAGGGGAAAAUUGGUAGGUUGGACUUUAUCAUAAUCCAAGACUUUUGUUCUGUGGGUGGAACUGCUAAGAAAAUGAAAAGACACAAUCAUAGGAAAUAUUUGCAGAUCGCACUUCUGACAAAGGACUUGUAUCUGGAAAAUAUAAAGAGCCCUCAAAACUCAGGAAGAAGACAAACAACCCAGUUAUUGAGACAGGAGAAGCCCUGGACUGACAACACAGCAUGGGUCACGAUGUGCACGUGGCCAGUGAGCGUCUGGAAACACUCCACUCACCACCGUUUCUCAACGCGGGGACAACAGGCAGGAACCGCAGGAAGGCAGGGUCUAGUGCACGGGCAACGCCGCGUGCUCACUCGCCACUGACGGGCACACAGCAUGGCACGGCCACCCUGGGGCACGGUUCAGCAGUUUCUGGUGAAGUUAAACAUGCACUGAGCACGUGACCCAGGCUUGACCCGAGAUGUGAAAACUUGUGUU